GCUAUGAGCUGUCUGAAGUUAAAAACACUGUCCGUGUUAUUGCUCCCUCUCUGCAACGUGCACUGCCAAUGCAAAUUAUAUUUUUGUAGACCUUUAAUAAUCAAAGAAGACAUUUUUGACGCAUCUUCUUAUUUUCCUCAAGGACUGUUUACAUUACCAGCAACCUUACAGCUAGACUUUAAGUGAAAGCGAGCCUUCAGUUUAAGGCUUAGGAGGACGGUAAACAAGCGAGUAAUGGCGACUGAGAUUGAAGCAUGGACCACUGGCCCUCAAAACGAUGGUGUGUUCUCGCUCGAGCAGAAGCAGCAUGAGGAGGACAGAUCUUACAGCAGCGAGGAUCUGAAUGAGCUGGAGGUGAACGGGAACUGGACCCCUCAGGAAAAGGCCCUGCACGAGGCCCGGCUGAAAGCUAAGGCUAAGCGGCGCCUGCGUAAGUCAUCGUCCCGUGACUCCACCCGCGAAUCUCUCUCGGACUCGGUGUCAGGAGAGCCGACUGCCGAUCCACACAGCCCGAAGGGCAAAACUGCUGUAAAUGACCGAAAGUCACGGACCGGAAAAGGCCGGGGACUGCCCAAAAAAGGUGGAGCGGGAGGUAAAGGUGUGUGGGGAGCAGCGGGGAUGGUGUAUGAGGUGGAGGAACUCGACGCUAACGACCCUAACUAUGAUGAAUCUGCACAAGGAGACACGGUGUAUGCCACGGUAGUGCCAGAGCUGGACGAGAGGGAGCUCGAGAAGACCAUCAACCCCAUAGUGCAGGAGUACUUUGAGCACGGAGACACUAAAGAAGUGGAGAUGCUGCUCAAAGAGCUGAACUUGGGCCAUCACAAGUAUGAGUUCUCGUCUCUGGCUGUGUCUCUGUCUCUGGAAGGCAAGGCCAGCCACAGGGAGCUCACGUCUCGUCUGCUCUCGGACCUGUCUGGAAAGGUGCUCUCGGAGAGCGACAUGUCUCGUGCGUUCGACAAAAUGCUGAAAGAGCUGCCAGACCUGAUCCUGGACACACCGGAGGCCCCACAGAUGCUCGGUCAGUUUAUUGCACGAGCCAUUGCUGACCACGCUAUACCCAUGAGCUUCCUCGACUGCUACAAAGGCAAAGUAGAUUGUGACCAUGCCAGAGCUGCGCUGGACCGAGCGUCGGUUCUGCUCUCCAUGAAGAGGGAGAUCAUGCGGCUUGAUAAUGUGUGGGGAGUUGGUGGAGGCCAGAGGCCUGUCAAACAUCUCAUCAAAGAGGUAAGCUGCUCUCUCCAUCAGUACUGCGACACAAAAAACAUCUGUAUUUUUUUAAAUUAA